UUUUCAGUAAAUUUUGUACCUUACUUCAGAUCUAAUCUCUCUUUCUUCACAUUAAAUCUCACCGCCGAUUAAGGAUGAUGGCCAGAAGAGCUGUCGUUUCUGCAAUUGAUCUCAUUCAUCGAAGAGGAUUUCUCAAUCGACGGUCGCAUAAAUCGGGUAUUCUCUCUCCUAUGUUCUCUCUGUACUCUUCCGAGGCUUUUCAACCUAAGCAGCCCAGAAUCGAUUUCAGCUGUGUUAAAGAAUUAAAUGAUGCUAUUGAAUUGUUUCAUAAAAUAAAGAGUAUGCGGAGAGAGCCUUCUGUUUACCUCUACAGCAAACUCAUGAGUGUUAGUGUAAAGAUUGAUCAGUAUUAUUUUGCCCUUUAUGUGUUCGAUGAAAUGCUUAGGAUGGGUGUCCCAGUUGAUAAUUACACAAGGAAUAUUGCUGUCAACUGUUGUUGUCUCUUGAAAGAUAUAUACUCUGCUUUUGCUGUAAUGGGAUUCUUUCUGAAGAGAAGUUAUGAACCAGAUGUCGUGACUUUCAGCACUCUCAUAAAAGGGUUAUUCUUAGUUAAUAAGGAGGCUGAAGCCGUGAAACUGUUCGAAAAGAUUUUGGAUUUAAAACUUUGCGAACCAGAUGACGUUAUGAUUCUGCAUAUGAUUGAUGGGCUGUGCAAAGCUGGACAGGUCAUUGAAGCCCAUGAUUGGCUUCAUAGAUUAGAAAGUAGUGGGUGGAGUCCCAAUGUAUACGCUUACAGUGCACUAAUUGAUGGAUUUUGUAAGAGUGGAAUGGUGGACAAUGCCUUCAAGGUUCUAUCCAAAAUGGUUGGGAAUGGUAUUUUGCCUGACGUUGUCACUUAUAGUUCCAUUAUUAAUGCAUACUGUAAGGAAGAAAAGAUGGAAGAGGCUGAGAAUAUGUUGGAAAUUAUGAUGCAACAACAUAUUUGUCCUAAUGUCUUCACUUAUUCUUCGCUUAUUGAAGGGCUCUGCCUGAAGGGUGAAAUCGGAAGAGCGAAACAGUUACUUGAUUCCAUCGUAGAGAGGGGCCCUAAACCCAGUAUUGUUAACUACAACACCUUGUUAAAUGGAUAUUGCAAGAAGGGACGCGUGGAUGAAGCUUGGCUUAUUUUUCUUGAAAUUCCCGAUAAAGGUCUCGAGCAUGAUGUGCACACUUAUAAUACCAUGAUACAUGGAUUAUUCAGAAAUGAUAGAUUUGCUGAGGGCUGGAAGCUUUUCGAGGUUAUGAAAGCUCAAGAAAUACAUCCCAACGUGCAUAUUUAUAAUACAUUAUUGGAUGGGUUGUCGAAGCGUGGGAAGGUUGAUGAAGCUCUGCAGCUGCUGUCCGAGAUGGUGGAGAAGGGCAUAUCGCCUAAUGUUGUCACAUGCAGCAUAUUGAUAGAUGGAUAUUGCUCGCAUGGCGAGAUGGUUAGAGCUAGAGAGCUCUUCUAUUCUAUGGCAGAGACGGGGAUCAAUCACAAUAUAUUCACUUAUUGUAUCUUGAUUAAGGGAUACUGCAAGGCGGGAAACCUUGAUGAAGCGUGGCGUUUCUUCAAUGAAAUUUCGCGAGUAGGUCUCAAACACUCGACUGUAUCAUACACCACGAUGAUGCAUGGGCUAAUACGCCUAAGUAGUUUUUCAGAUGGGUGGAAGCUUUUCCAAGAAAUGGAAGCUCAUAAUAUACAUCCGGAUCCCCACACCUACACCAUUUUGUUGGAUGGCUUUUGUAGGAUCCAUCGGAUUAGUGAGGCGUGGGCAUUUUUGAGGGUGAUGGAGGCGAAAGGCGUGAAUCCUAAUAUCGUAACGUAUGGUGUUCUGAUCAACGGCUUGUGCAAGGGCCAAAGACUUGAUGAAGCUAUAAGGCUCUUCAACCAUCUCCGUUCCAAUGGCUUAAAUCCGAACGUACAAAUCUACAGCAUAAUGCUCGACUCCCUCUACAAUGAAGGGCGAGAAGGGGAGGCUAGGAGGUUGAUGGAGGAGAUGGAGCGGAGCCGCUGCGCGCCUAAUGGUGUGACGUUCAAUAUUAUUGUGUGGAAUCUGGUGAAGAGCAAAAAGGUGCAUGAGGCGAUUCCUUUCUUGGAGGAGAUGUGCAGGAGAGAAUUCGUGGUUAAUUCCGAUAUCAUUUAUGCUUUGCAUGAUGAACUAAGAAUUGGAGAAGGUAAAGAUGAGAAAUUGCAAGAGAUUGUUAAGAAAGUUUGUGCUCAAAAUUGAGAGAGGUCUCAAUCUACUCUCAGCUUUUCUUUUGUCUCUAACGCUCGGAUUAUUCAAGGGCUGUGCGAUGUUGGUAUAUUACAAGGGAAGCUGAGACUGCGAAGAAGCCUUUGUGUAAGCCGGAUUCAUCUACACAUCCAACUAGGGAAAUGCUGAGGCAGUUCGUCGCACAAAUUUCCACAAUGACUGCUGCAGAGAAUGGAUAGAUACAGCUGAGGAGCUCAGUUGGCCGAUACCAAUGAGUCACGACACGGUUGGUCUGCGGCUGUGUACAUUAAUUUCUCAUAAGAUUGUUUGGCCUUCAAAUUGCAUUUACACAUUUAUUGAAUCAUUAUUUCCCCUAUUGAUAUCUCACGCUCAUCAAUUGAUGAUCUCAUUCAAGCUUGACGACGAUGUAAUCAUCAUUAUAAAAUGAUGGCUUGAUAUGAUUUGUGGUUACUGUUUGCUAGUUGAAGAGUUAAAUCUGCACACGCAUGAAUGUGUUAUCUGAUAAAA